UAUAGGCAAGACCUUUUUUAUUUUCUGCUAGCAAAUUAUAAAAUAUGUGUUAGGGUUAGGUUAAGGAGUCGUAAAUUAAAUGUACGAACAAUUUACGAUAGCCUACACGGAAGUAUCGAACCGGGAAAUAGGAAAUUGCACAACUUAUGUUGUGUUGACAUUUCGAAGACUGUGUGUUAUAAUUAAAAUGUCUCGUUGUUUGUACGUUAAUUGCGAAAGCAACGAAAUAACAUCUUCCCAAAGGCAUGUUGAGAUCAAAACUGUUUUACCAAGAUCAGGCGUGAAGAAAAUGAAAUCUGUCAUAAAAUCAAAGAUGUUAAUUUUUUGGAAAUCUAAUGGUGAAGCUAUGCUUCAUAGACAUUGUUAUGAUUUACUUUUAAAAUCUGCGCGAGCACGAAAUCCUAAAGGGUUAAUACCAAAGAUGCUCCAAGAAGAGAAAGCAUUAUUUAAAGAAGCAAUCAAAACAGCAGAGUACUUUGAUUCAAUAGAGACUCUUCGAAAUGAAGGAAUGAAAGUGGCUGAAAUGAUCAAGAAGUCCAAACAUUGUGUUGUUUUCACAGGUGCUGGAAUUUCAACAUCUGCUGGUAUAGGUGAUUACCGAGGGAAGAGUGGGAAGUGGACUCAACAAGAUCAGGCAUCUAUUAAUAUGGAUUCAGUAUUUGCAUCUGGAAGCAGAGAAAAAAUUAAUGAAGAAAUGCAAGAAUCCACAGAAGAAGAAGAUGAUGAUGGUGGUGUACCCUACGAGUGUCUGCGGCCAACCUACACUCACGAGGCCUUACAGAAAUUAAUCGCCAAUGGCUAUGUGAAGCACAUCAUCAGCCAGAAUGGAGAUGGGCUACAUGGACUGUCGGGUGUCUGUGCAGCAGAUUUGUCUGAGCUGCAUGGAAACGUGUUUGUCGAGAUAUGUGAGACGUGUAAGACUCGCUAUGACAGACCUUUCUAUGUAAUGGAUGACGCAUGCAGUCUGUAUUUCGAGGAGCUGGAAGACCACGGUAAAUCAUCGGUGAAGAAACCCACCCAUGCAAAAAAAUGUGACAGAUGUGGCCUGAGUCAUCGCACUGGCAGACGGUGUGAAAAGAAGGGAUGCAAAGGAUUUCUGAUGGAUUCUAUCAUAAAUUUUCGGGAUUUACUUGAAGAUGAUAUUCUAGAACAAGCUACAUGGAAUGCACAGCACUCAGACCUGAUGAUAUGCUUGGGGUCAACUCUGACUGUCACUCCUGCUAACUCUCUGGUAGAGAUGACAAAGGAACCACAACAGAUAGUUAUAUGUAACAGACAAACCACAGACAUUGAUGAUUUAUGUAUGAGGGCAUGUGGACCACAUGGAGAGGUGGUUGGUUCUCGUGUGUUUGGUGACUGUGAUAUUUUUAUGCAAGAAAUCAUGAAACAUAUUCUAGUGCCAGAAGACUUGAAGUCAUGGGAAGAUGGGAGAGAGAAGAGGAUGGAAAACUACAACAGCUGUAGAGUGCCUGUAGUCUGAAUAUUGGGCAUGUUAAGCUAAAAUGUGACUUCUUUUUUUUCACUAUGACUGUCUUUCGUGGUAAAAUACUCACCUGAUGCAUGAUCAAUCUAAGAUCAAUCCUUGUUAUAUCAUGGUGUGUACUAUCUUGUCUGUGAUAUGACUAGCCCAUGGAAUGAAAGCAGCAGGUUUUCUCUAUGCAAGCGCAACUCGUGAGAUAUGAUUACAAACUUCACUCGAUGAAAUAUAAAUCAUAUUUGACAAAAAACAUGAAAUGUUCUAUUUAUUAUAUAA